CUUCACUCCUCAGCAUGUCCGAGCCAGCUCGCCGCUCGCCACGCAAGGGCCGCAGCUCGCUUUCCGCCGCCGCAGCCAGCGGCACCGCUGCUGCCGGCAGCGCCGCCGCCUCGUCGUCCAAGCCGCGCCUCGCGCGCCGCCCGCAGAGCGUCGGCGGCAAGCAGCUGCAGGCCAUGGCCGAGGAGCUCGAUGCCGCCGCCGCCGAGCCACGCCUCGACGACGAUCUGCUGCCGGCGUCGCGCCGCCACGUCCCCGGCCCGCGCAAGUCCUCCAUCCGCACGCGCGCUCCACAGGUAUUUGCCAGUCCGUCCGGCGUCGUGCCUUCUCCUACGACGCGCAAGUACGUCUCGUCCGGCCUCAACCUCACUGCGCCGCUUGCGCCGCUUGGCUCGUCGAGCAGCAUCAACCAGGUGCUGGACGACGCCGGCGUCGCACCACCGGCAGCAGCCAAGCCGCCGGCCCUCGUGCGCUCGGCAUCGACGCCGGCUCUGGAGAGCGCCGACGCUGCAGCGACAGAGGCGCAUGCAGCAGCAGCGGCGUUGGAGAGCAGCGCCAGAGAGCCUGCUGCCGCCUUGGCCUACUCUGGCUCGCACACCAUCGCCAUUGGCAGUGAGGGCAGCGGGCGCAGCGAUGCGGCAGUCGCAGCGGCGCGCAAGCGGCGCGUCACAUUCACACGCAUGGUGGCCCGGACCGACUUUGAGCGGGACGAGCCGACGAUGCGCAUCCAGCCGGCCGGCAACGCAGAGGGUCCGCUGCUUCCCGACACGACCUCCUCGUCGGUCUCGCGCGCCACGUCCGACUCGGACAGCGAUUCCGAGGAUGACAUUGAUCUGCUCAUCGCCUCGUCGUACCGAGAGGCGGGCGCAGCCGGCGAGGACAGCAACAUGGACAUCUCGGAGCUGACUGGCGCUCAGCCAGCGGGCGACCAGUCGCAGAGCAUGGAGUUCACGCAGGCGCUCGGCCGCGUCGUGUCUGCCCAGGCCGGUGCAGCGCCGCAGCGGCGCCGCGAUUCUGGCAUUCCGGCGCAGCGCUACGUCGAGGGCGAAGACGACGAGGAUGACUCGUCGUUCGACGACUCGGUGGACAACGACGCGGCACUGCAGCGUGCGACAGACGACAAUCGCACGCAGACGAUGGAGUUCACGACGGCCGUGGGCGGACUUGUGCAGCUCAACGGCCAGGCGACGCUCGAUGAGACCAUGGAGGAGGCGAUGGAGAUGGACGAGAGCGCCAUGGACAUGACGCAGGCCCUUGGCGCCAUUCAGCACGUGGCGCGGCGCAGCAGCCUGGCCGCACCGGCAGCGGCCGCUCCACGGCGCUCAGCCGCGCCGCGGCGUUCGCGCGCUUCGGUCGCACAGACAGAGGGCGAGCAGUCGAUGGCGAUGGACAUGACGCAGGCGUACGGCGCCAUUCGCUCUGUUGCGGGCCAGAAGCGUGCGGCAGACGAGACGUUCGACACGGACGACUGGGACGACUCGGCAAUGAUGCCAAACGCAGCAGACGCCUCGGCGAUGGACAUGACGAUCGCACACGGACGCAUCAACAGUCCUGUUCGACCGACUACCGCCUCGCCUCGCAAGUCGCACGCGCCUGUGUCGCCGCAUCGUUUCGCCCUCGCUCCUCCUCGAGGCGUGGCCACCACGCCUUCGAAGCGCCAAGCGCUCUCCGGCGCCGGCUCUCGGCCACAGUCGCCCGCCAAGACAGGCACUGUCUCGCAGCGUGCCUCACCCGCAAAGUCGAUGUUUGCUCAGCCGAGCCCGGCGCGUGCCAACUCGCCGACGAAGUUCCGGCAGUCGCUGCGCGGCGCACCGUCGCCUGGCGCAGGCACGCAGUCGCCAGCACGCCGUGUGCCGGUGGCGCGUGUCUCGGUGCCCGCAGCGCCUGCGCUGCAGCUCGAGACGGUCAAGCCCGAGGCGCCGGCUAGCCCUCUUGCACCUGCCGUCGCGCAAGAAGCACGAGCGCUGAGUGCGCCCGGCCGCAAGGCCUACGUGCCGGCCGCCGCGUCUGGCCCAUCGCGGCCGCGAAGCAGCUUCAUGGCGGCCACCUAUGCGCCCGAGCCGAGCGACACGUCGACGUCGUCGUUCCACAGCGCCCGGAUGGGCAGCAGUGAGGCCGAGUCGCUGCGUGCCGUCUCUGUGUCCGAGUUCUUUGCGCUCCUCGGCGUGACGUUCCACGAGGGCAUCACUUCUGCGAGCCGCCGGCAGGUGGAGCGUCCUGCCUCGGCGCCCGAAGAGCGCGCAGGUGUGCAGACGAUGCGCAUGGCGAAGGCCGCAGCUGGCAGUGUGCCGAUGCUGGAUGGCCUCGUCACGGCCUGUCGUGAGCUGCAGCAGCACAUCCAGAAGGGCCGCGCCGAGCUCACAGAGACGGAGACGGCCUUUCUGGAGCAGCCGCCGCCCUUUGUCCACGACGUGCUCACCUGCGAGCCGGAUGCGCGCAAGGAGUCCGAGGCACAGUGCAAGCUGCAGAAGUCGGCAGCACGUGCACACGCACUCGAGAAGUACUACGGCUGGCGGCUCGACAAUCAGUUUGGGCCGGAGCUCGUGGCGCUGCUCGAGACGAACCGUGAUCGGCUGCAGGCGGAUGCGCAAGUCGUGCAGACCGAGGGCGCGGCGAUGCGCGAGCGCAUCUUGCCGGCGCUGCGGGCGCGCCGCGAGGAGCUGGCGCGCGAGCUGAGCCGCGAGAAGCGAAGACGCGAGCUGAUUGCCGAGGCGGACCCGGCUGAGAUGGAGGGGCUGUACGAGAGCAUCGAGGAGCAGGGGCAACAUCUCGAGGGCAUCCGUGCACGCAACGGCGAGCUCGAGGAGCAAGUCUCGCGCGUCGAUGCACGCCUCGAGGAGGCCAACGGCAAGCGCGCCAACAUUGAGAGCGCCAUUGCCGAGGCGCGCGCCGUGUAUGAGCAGAUCAAGGGCUACACCAAGGGCGAGGCUGCCCGCCUGCUCCGCGAGGUGCGCAACCUGGAGGCACUGCAUCUCUGGCGUCUCCGCGACGACUCGGCCGACGGCGUGCUGGAGCUGGUGCACGACGGUGCACUCGAGGUGACGCUGCGCAUCGACGAGGAGGGCCACGUGCCGUCUUACGACCUGGCGCUUGCGCCAAGCGCCCAGAAGAGCCCGGUCGCCGUGUGGGCACUGCAGGUGCUCACUGAGGCCAGGGAGCGCAAUGCGGGCGCAGACAUGGUCACGAUGAUGCGCGACAUUGCCCGCUCGUGGACGCGCACGCGCUACGUGCUCGCCGCGCACGAGCAUCUCAACACGCUCUUCCCGAGCACGCUGACCGCCGUGGCCUCCGGCAAGUCCAGCAUGCUGCUGCAGGCCGACGUGCUGCUCGUGCGUCGGCGCGCCAAGCUCGUCGUCAGUGUCGAGUGUGCGCCGCCGAGCCUGCUCGAGCGCGGCGCCGUGCUUGAUGCCGAGAAGGUCAGCGUGCAGCUCGUCUAUGGCAACGUCGAUGCUGCCGCCGUCACGGCCCAGAUCGCCGACUGCCUCGGUGCCUCGACGGCCAACGACGCCCUCGCCAAGGCCGUGCUCGAGGCCCGCGCCACCUUUGACGCAUGAUCGUCCCAUGCCAUCUCUUUGCUGUCUGUCUUGCUCGGCACUCCUGUCUCCUUCUGUACCUGCUUGUACUGCCUACGUGUACGUCUAUGAUAUCCCUCACGCCCAG